UUUUACAGGGGUGCCUUAGGACUGUCCAUAAUUUUACAGGGUGCCUUGGGACUGUCCAUAAUUUUACAGGGUGCCUUGGGACUGUCCAUAAUUUUACAGGGUGCCUUGGGACUGUCCAUAAUUUUACAGGGUGCCUCGGAAACUGUCCAUAAUUUUACAGGGUGCCUUGGGACUGUCCAUAAUUUUACAGGGUGCCUCGGGACUGUCCAUAAUUUUACAGGGUGCCUUGGGACUGUCCAUAAUUUUACAGGGUGCCUUGGGACUGUCCAUAAUUUUACAGGGUGCCUUGGGACUGUCCAUAUUUUACAGGGUGCCUCGGAACUGUCC